CGAAUAACUUGACCGUGCCAGCAGCCGAAGAGCCCGGAAUACAACCCGAGACCUCUAAGCUUCCAGUUCCUCCUUCCCCCGAGCCUGUCAAGAUGCGCCUUAACGUUCGCACCCUCACCGGCAAAGAGAUUGCCAUUGACGACAUCGAAAAGACUCACAAGGUCUCAUACGUCAAGGAGAAGGUCGAGGAGCAAGAGGGCAUUCCCCCAGUCCAACAGCGACUUAUCUAUGGCGGAAAACAAAUGAUGGAUGAUAAAACUGUAGAGGAGUAUGGUCUUGAGGGUGGCGCUACGCUGCACUUGGUGCUCGCUCUCCGUGGCGGCCAGUAAAGCUUCAUGAUAUCCAUUUUGUUCUCAUGGCUUAGCAUCCACAUGUGCUGUUUCGGCUAUUCUAGCAUGACCGCUCAACUGACGCCAUAAGUUAGCUAUGGCUCUGGGUCUUCCAAGGCGUUUGGGUUGAUGAGACCACGAAUAUCAUUAUUUCAUUUCUGUGGCAGCGAGCAACUGGCGAUGGAGCCUAUGCUACAGCGAGUUGUUGAGAUUGCAUCAUUACGUUCUCGGCUACAUAUGGUUGACCACGCGGUCUCUUCAAUACAUAUUUCGAAUUAGUUUCCGUGAAAAUCUAUGAAAAGAACUGAUGCUCUUCGGAAAUCAAUGGGUUUUCCACACGUUGUCUGCAAAUUAUACGCUUAAGAGAUAUGUUCAUGGGGUGUUUGACAACUCCUAGAAGCCGAACCAACAGCAUUGUAUUCCCUUUCAACUCUAAAUCCAUAAACGC